CUUAUCAAACUUAUUCAGCGCAGCCGACGCGCCAUUUUAUUUUAGUCUCAGAUGAAGCGGAAGUCGGUAGAAUCAGCCGAGACGAGAGAUGGACUCUUUAAAGGAGAAGGAUGAAGAUGAACUGAAGAAGAAGCCACGCAGCAGAAGACACAGCUUGGAAACACCACCCAACAUGUCUGGAAGUGAAGUAGCAUCACUUGAGGAAACACAAAGGGAGACUCCCUCCCCUGAGCAAGUCCGACUCACUCUGCCUGAGUUCAGGAUUGUGCUCGUUGGGAAGACUGGGGCUGGAAAGAGUGCAGCAGGAAACACUAUCCUGGGCAGAAGAGAGUUUAGAUCUGUGGUGGGCACAGGCUCAGUAACAAAAGAGUGUGAGAAGAAAAAAGGAGUCGUUGCAGGUAGAGACAUUGCUGUGGUCGACACGCCAGGCUUCUUUGACACUGAGCUCUCUUCAGAGAAAGUUAAAAGUGAGACUGUACAGUGUAUUCCCAUGUCUUCCCCGGGACCCCACGUGUUUCUCUUGGUGAUACCUGUGGGACGUUUCACAAAGGAAGAGAAGGAAGCUGUGGAUAAAAUCGAGGAGAUCUUCGGUGAGGGAGCUGCAAAGUACACCAUGGUCCUUUUCAGCCGUGGAGACGAUCUGAUAGACAAGACCAUUGAAGAGUACAUCCAGGAAGCCAGCAGAGAACAUAAUCAGCUUCUUGAGAAGUGUGGGAACAGGUAUCAUGUCUUCAACAGUAGGAACAUGAACGAUCGCACCCAGGUCACUGAGCUACUGGAGAAAAUAGAGGCAAUGGUGGCAGAGAACGGAGGCACAUGCUACACCAACGAAAUGUACCGGGAGGUGGAGGCAAAGAUCAGAGAGAUGGAACAGAGAUUAAAACAGCAGUAUGAUGAGGAACUGCACAGGAAGGAAGAGGAGUUGAGAGCAAAGUUCCAGAAAGAAAUCGAUGAGUUAAAGGAGAAGACGGAAGAGAAGUUUGAAAAACUGGAUGAAGAGAUGAAACGAAGAGAUGAGAGGAUUAAAGACAUGGAGGAGAAGCACUUGCGCGAGCGUGAGGAAUUCAAGAGGUUCUACGAGGAAAAGCACAGAAAUGCGAGAGGAGAAGCAGAACAAUCCAUUGACAUGUAUGGUUAUGCCACAGGAUGGUUAAGCCGUUUCUUUACUGGUAUGAAGUUGUAAAAAUGCCAGAUGUGUGCAGGAAACAGACUAAAACAUGCUUACAGCAAUGGACUGUAUCUUCAGGAGAAGAGUCUGGCUACUUUCUAACUUGCUUCUUUAUUGCUCUGCCAGCCUGCUUCCAAGACAGACAGCUGAAUUAAAACCGUGUGAACCUGAUUUUACAUUUUAGUUCACCCAACCCAUUGUUGAUGGCCUUUCAGACAACAGAGGAGGUGCAAAUAUCACUAUGGAUGCACCCACAGGAUCCAAAGAACAGGAUUCUACCUAAUUGUGUAGAUAACUGACUGAACAAUAUAUGUAAAUACAUGUAAAUUUGUGUAAUUUUGGUAAUGUUACCUAAAUGUAUUUUUAUGUAUUGACGCCCCGGCAGUCACUAUUUACAGGAUUACUGUAUGAACCCUGGAGUCCUGUGCCCCUCCCCACAUGAAAUCUUCACAUAUCAAGGCAGCAUCCAGGGCAUAUCUCUUUCCAUGAGCAAUUCAGAUUCUUUUUUGUCUGCUUAUUUUGCAUGAGCGAAAUAAAAGGGCACCUGGUGUCCAUGUGGCCCCUAUAGAGCCCCAGUGACAUUGUGCCUGUACCUAGGCCUUUCUAAAUGUUCCCCAAUGUUUUACAAUAUCCAGAUGAUUCAGAUGUUUCACGAAUAUUCUGGAAUAGUGCACAGUUACCACAUGUUACACAUUAGAAAUUGAAUUGUGUGUGGAUAUUGGGCCCAUCGUAUCUCCUGACAUCCUCAGGAAGCUUCCAGGACAUUCUACUGCUUCUAACCUGUUUAGACACAAAAACACAUUUUUCAACCAAUCCAAGAUACACUCAAAGUUCUGGACAGAGAAAAGUUGCUGGCAAAAACCUGCCAGCUUUUAAAUGUGAUCAUCACAGACUGAUGGAAUACAGUAUAUAGAGCUGUGGACAAAAAUUCUCAUCACCUUAUAGAAUCAACUAAUUUUACUUCAGAAAUUCGGAUGAAACCUGCUGAAUAAUGUUACGUUAACGUAUUGAAUUACAUACCGCGUUGUAGUUUUCCAUACACGACGAAAAACUGACGCAUUUAAAAAUGUAGACUUCUGCAAUAUUAUUUUGUAGUUUCUUUGAUUACAUGCUGUUAGAUAAACAAUCUAAAUGAUGUUCAUAUAUGUGGUACACUCACAGUCAGCAUUCGGUCAAUUGCCAAAAAAAAAAUAACCAUUUCGCGAUUUGAGCAUUUACAAAUUAUCAAAGAAUGAAAUGAAACGUUAUUUCAGUCUUUGAGCUAAUAAUUUUAAUCAAAUUGUGAAAUGAAAAAUAUCAAACAAGCAAAGAAGCAUAAAGAAGAGACAGCUUCUUUGGUCUUCGGUCUGCUGGAGGAUCUCUGGAGUGUCUUUACAAGCAAUCUGUAAGGGUCUGCUGUGCAAUUUUAAAUGCCACAGCAGCAAGCCUUGAAAAAACAAAUAUAGCGAUUUGUAGGUUUCUAGAUCUAAAUUAUUAUUUUUUAAUGAUCUCUCAUUACGGUUUCUUUAUAUGUAUCUAAUUUGAUUGAACUACUUCAAUUUUUCCUGAUUGUUAGUAUCUAAACAAUCAAUACAGUGUUUUAAAAUGAGACUCAGUACCCCAGUGGCGCUCUCAAUAUGGUUUCUUUUGAAAAUGUUAUAUCUAAAAUAGUCUUUAAGAAGGGUUUCUUGCUGUCUAAAAGCAGUCUCCAUUUUUAUUGAAACCUGUUUUCUAAAAGGUGGUACUUCACCCUUCCUAUAAUUUCAGAAUAUUAAACGUUUAAGAAGCAGACCUUUCUUUAUUAUUCCUUUCUUUCACUUAAAAACAGUGAUUAGACAAACGUGGCUUGACAUUUGAUUUUGCAAUUCAAAUAUUGUGUGUGCAGUACUUAUAUUAAUACAACAAUGCAUUUUUAAUUGUGUUCUUUUUUUUCCUCUAAAACUUUUCUAAAUCACAAGGCAAGAACAUUACGAACGUUAUUUCAAACUCGCUUGAAGUUUAAUGUUUGGGGUCACUAUUUUCCUAAAUUGCUAACCACAACCCCCUUGCAAAUGAGACCAUGUGAAUCUUAUAAAUAGAAUUUAUUGAUUUUAUGUUCAUUCAAUAAAAAAUAAAAAAUGGUAUUAAAGUUUGUAUUUCACUUGAUGCCCAUUUUUAACACCCUGCAAUUAAUUGCUAUUCACAGAUUGAGCAGCAUCUUUGAACUCUGUUCAGAAACUCUGCAUUUGCUCAAAGCGCAUUUCGCAAUUUGAUUAUAUUGUUAUAAAGAGGAAUAUUUGCUUGUUUGUAUAUUUUGCAUUUUGCAAUUUCAGCAACAUAAUUUGAUUAAAAUAACCUUUCAUUUUGUUCUUUGAUCAUUUGUAAAUCCUCAAAUUGCGAAAUGGUUAUUUUUAUCGGUGAUUGACCGAAUAUUGAUUAUGAGUGUAACACACACACAUUAUAUAUAUAUAUAUAUAUAUAUAUAUAUGUCUACCAACCAAGCUUU